GUAGUUCAGCGUGUUCGACUCAAACAGCCAAAUUCCCGGGAGACGCAGGGAAACCUUGAAUAACUUUAGAAUUGCAUCUGGAAAGCAUGGAGGAGAUUCAGCAGCAAAAGCCCACUCUUACGAACAGUACAACCAGGAAGAGGGAAGAUUACUUGGAGUGGCCUGAGUACUUCAUGGCUGUCGCUUUUCUGUCUGCACAGAGGAGUAAAGAUCCCAGCUCACAGGUCGGGGCCUGUAUAGUGAACCAGGAGAAUAAAAUCGUCGGCAUCGGCUACAACGGGAUGCCAAAUGGCUGUGAUGAUGAUCUGCUGCCGUGGUCUCGCUCUGCUGAGGACCGACUGGACACCAAAUAUCCCUAUGUAUGCCAUGCAGAGCUGAACGCCAUCAUGAACAAGAACAGUGCUGACGUAAAAGGCUGCACCAUGUAUGUGGCUCUGUUCCCCUGCAACGAGUGUGCCAAGCUCGUCAUCCAGGCAGGUAUAAAGGAGGUGGUUUAUCUCUCUGAUAAGUACCAUGACACACCGGAGAUGGUCGCCUCCAGGAAGCUGCUGAGCAUGGCAGGAGUACAAUACAGGCAGUUCAAGCCCAAGAGGACUGAGAUUGUCAUUGAUUUUAAUUCCAUUAACCACCCUGGAAUCCUGAGCAGCGCGACCAAGUGAAAAUGCAAACGGCUCACCUUGGGGAGCUGCUGAACGAGGCGAGGAAGAGGAGGAAGGCUGACGAGAUUGAAAGGGACUUUGAUGCCUCUUUCCUGCAGGUCUUCUUGCCCCCUGCUUUGUCCAAAGGAAACUCAAGGAUACCUCGACUUUGGCGUCUUUUGAUAUUUUGAUUAACCGGAUAUUCAAGAUAGUUUAAUUUGGCGCCUCACUCUUUGUAUCUGUCAGUGGCAGAAGGUCUUUUUUACUUAAAAACUCUCUUUGGGAUUAAGGAAACACAAGGACUGUUGAUUUUAAGGCUUUGGUGUUGUGGAUCAGAUCCUCUCCUGUCUGUCAGCGCAGGGGAAAACCUGCUUUUCUUCCCCCUUCAAACAAGGUUCAGGAAUAAUAAGAGGCACCUUGACAUUCACUUCAUCUGACCUUUAAUGCUAACGGUGGAAGUUUCACAGCUAAUCUUGUUGUUUUGGAAACGGGGAGAUGUUAAGUGUUGCUGUCAGGGUUUUACGAAGUACAACCUGUGUAGAGGUCCAGAUUUUAUUCGUACAACCCUGACACACAGCUGAAGAGGAACCAGUUUUAUUUUGUCGAGUUAUUCUUUAGUCAUUCCCUUAUCUGCUGCUGAUUCUUUCAUGAGUGAAUUUUAUAUAAUUUUUACCCUUGAUCCCUUUUUGUAAAAAUCUAGUUUUCUGAAAAAAAAAAAAAAAACUCUUUAGAUCAGAACAGGAAAGUUUUGUAGUGCUGCACAGUGAAUUGCAGUUUCAUUAUCAAUGCGAUGCAAGCAUUCGCAUUUGACUCAUUACAAAAGUUUUAAUAAACAAGAAUCUUUUGUGUAACUAGCGUUGCUUGCACACUCAGCGACUGAAUGCAAAUGUUUUCGAUCCAUUUAGGAUUUUUUUUUUUAUUCAGGAAUAGCAUUUUGCACUCACAACUGUUGUUAAAGACAGGGGUUUUAAAAGUGUGGGAGAGUGAGCCUCCCCUGAGAGAACAUAAUGUAUUUUGCAUAAUGUAUUAGUGGAUGUACUUUAAUCAGGCACAUUUAACCCCAGUGAUUGUGUUAAAACUAUUACAGUGUUUAAUUGCUCUACCUACGCUAUCUACUGAAGUAAGUCCUGCACUUUUUGUUCCUAUUAGUCAUUUAACCCUCAAAAUAAACCGAAAAUUGCUCAGAAAAGAUCUGUUAUCCUUCGCUUUGUUUGGGAAACGUGUCACUUUUACUCAUCUGUUUGAAAAAAGAACAAUUAAAAG